UGGCGGUGCGGCGGCCUGGGCCGCGUACCUUCUGCGUGCGGCUCUGUCCUGCUUCAGCGAUCGGCCCUCCGCUUCGUCCCCGCCUGUUGAAGGAGGGGCCGCCUCGGCUGCCUCGCGGGAGGGCGGUUUCGCUGCCUUUCUUCUCGCUUCCCUUCCCCCACCGUCACACGCGUGACGCGCGGCUUCGUCGGCACCGGGGCCGCCUUUGUCAGGCUCCGGGCCCUCGGCUAGGCCCACUCCUCCCCGGAGCCAUGUCCGAGCAGACGGGCUUGGCCCUGCCGCAGACCAUGGACAGGUCACCUCUAAGGAAAGAGGAUUUAGCAAAAUACAGGCUGUCAUCAGGCAAGUGAUGGAGAUAUAAACUAUGUGAGGCAGGGGCAGAACUUGUGCAGCCUGGAAGGUGAGGAUGAGAAGUUUCAGCUUGGUGUAGAACGAGAACACAAGUGAGUUGGGGAGGGAGGGAAAGUUGUUUGUGGUUUAGAAAAACUGAAGAAGUGAGAGAUGACAAUGGGAUGAUUUAGGUUAUAACUUAGAAUAAUGCCUGUCAAGGAGGCUAGCAGCCAGGAACCAUAAGUGCGUUUCCAAGAAGUAACAGGAAGGAGGUAGAUUUUUAGAAAUACUGUCAGGAAAGUAUUUAAUUUUAUAUACUUCCUGCAAAUGCAGGGAAUAAAAGGAAAGAGUUAAGGAAGCCAAAAAGAAUUGGGAGGAGGAUAAUAGAACUAUUGUGCGGGGGGGAAGAAAAUAUCAGCAAGAGUGCUGCAGAAUCAACUCCUCUGAAACUAAAAAAAAAAAAAAGUAUCUCAUCUUCAUCCUGAAGUUUGUAGUCCAAUAAUACAUAAUAUUUUAUGUUUUGGAGUUCCAGGAAACUGUGAUAUUCUGAGUGGAUUCCCUACUGUCUAUGGCUGUUAUACUAUGAAGUCCUAGUUCACCCUGUUUAACAUCUUUGUUGGUAAUGCUGACAGUGGAAUUGAGUGCAACCUCAGCAAGUUUGCUGAUCACACCAUGCUGUGUGUUGCGGUCGAUGUGCUAGAGGGAAGGGAUGCCAUCCAGAGGGACUUUGACAGGCUGGAGAGGUGGGCCUGUGCAAACCUCAUGAAGUUCAACAAGGCCAAGUGCAAGGUCUGGCACGUGGGUCAGCGCAAUCCCGAGCACAACUACAGGCUGGGUGGAGAAUGGACUGAGAGCAGCCCUGAGGAGAAAGACUUGGGGGUGUUGGUGGACAAGAAGCAAAACAUGGCCCGGCAAUGUGUGCUUGCAGCCCGGAAAGCCAACCAUAUCCUGGGCUGCAUCACAAGAAGUGUGACCAGGAGGUCAAGGGAGGUGAUUCUGUUCCUCUAGUCCACUCUUGUAAGACCCCACCUGGAGUACUGCAUCCAGCUCUGGGGGCCCCAGUACAGGAGAGACAUGGAGCUGUUGGAGCGAGUCCAGAGGAGGGCCACAAAGCUGACUGGAGGGCUGGAGCACUUCUCCUUUCAAGACAGGCUGAGAGAGUUGAGGUUGUUCAGCCUGGAGAAGAGAAGGCUCCAGGGAGACCUUAUAGCAGCCUUCCACUACCUGAAGGGGCCUACAGGAAAGCUGGAGAGGGACUGUUUACAAGGGCAUGGAGUGACAGGACAAGGGGUGAUGGCCUUAAGCUGCAGGAGGGUAGAUUUAGAUUCGAUAUUAGGAAGAAAUUCUUCCCUGUGAGGGUGAUGAGGCACUGGCACAGGUUGCCGAGAGAAGCUGUGGAUGUCCCAUCCCUGGAAGUGUUCAAGGCCAGGUUGGAUGGGGCUUUGGACUACCUGGUUUAGCAGACGGUGUCCCUGCCCGCAGCAGGGGGGUUGGAACUAGAUGAUCUUCAAGGUACCUUCCAAUUCAAACCAUUCUAUGAUUUUAUGAUCAAGAUGAACCUUCACUAUCUCACCUUAGGAGAUGUAACCCGUGAAUGAAUCAUCUGUAUGGAUUCUGAGGGGUUGAAAUGCCUCUUCUAUCCAGUUAUCUUUAUUGCUGAUGACAGUUGUUUUCCUAGAAGCUGCUGGGUUUGUUUUGCUACUGAUGAGGAUGAUCGGACAGCAGAGUGGGUGAGACCUUGCAGGUGCAGGGGCUCUACGAAAUGGGUUCAUCAGACUUGUCUACAGCGCUGGGUGGAUGAAAAGCAAAGAGGAAACAGUACUGCUAGAGUUGCUUGUCCUCAGUGCAAUGCAGAAUAUUUAAUAGUAUUUCCAAAGCUAGAUCGACUGAUCUCAAAGGCAUGCCCAUUUGCUGCAGCUGGAAUAAUGGUGGGCUCUAUAUACUGGACAGCUGUUACAUACGGAGCUGUGACGGUGAUGCAGGUUGUGGGUCACAAAGAAGGUCUUGAUGUCAUGGAGAGAGCUGAUCCUUUAUUUCUUUUGAUUGGACUUCCCACUAUCCCAGUCAUGCUAAUAUUGGGCAAGAUGAUUCGUUGGGAAGACUACGUGCUCAGACUGUGGCGCAAAUACUCUAAUAAGCUACAAAUUUUGAACAGCAUAUUUCCAGGCAUUGGAUGUCCAGUUCCUCGUAUUCCAGCAGAGGCCAACCCUCUGGCAGAUCAUGUCUCUGCUACACGUAUUCUGUGUGGAGCUCUAGUUUUCCCUACUAUUGCCACAAUAGUUGGCAAGCUGAUGUUCAGCAGUGUUAACUCAAACUUACAAAGGACAAUCUUGGGUGGAAUUGCUUUUGUUGCUAUAAAAGGAGCUUUUAAGGUUUACUUCAAACAGCAGCAAUAUUUGCGCCAAGCUCACCGCAAAAUUUUAAAUUAUCCUGAGCAAGAAGGAGCAUAAGGCUGUGAUCUCCAGAUGUCGUACAGUCUCACCUAACAGGUUUCCAUGUUAUAUUGGUUCCAUCAUUAUUGCACAGUAGUGGAGAAUUGUGAUAAGUUGCUGCUCCUUUUUUUCUUUUUCUUUAAAUAUAAUAAAGCACUGUCUUGUGGCAGGGUAAAUCCUUUCAGCAACCACUGAACCUGAGAAUGUGACUUGGCUUUCAUUAUUUUUGGGUAUUUCUGUUGGGCAACAGGCUUCUGAAUUAUUUUCUUUGAGCCAAUAUGCUGAAUGGAAAAAAAGCAUCAACUACAGAACAAGAACAUUUUAAAUUGUGUACUUGAUGUAGGCUAUAUCCAAAUGCCUUUUCUUUAUGUCUUUUCAUACCCACGCUAUCAUCCAGUUCAGCAUUUCACACAAUGAAGGGAACUUUUUUUAGAAAGGAAAUGUGAGUCAUUACCAAGGAGAAGUAAUUGUGGGACAUCAGUCAAUAAAGAUUUCUGUAGUUUUUGCUGGUAUCAAACGGGGAGUGUAAAAUACUCAAAUGACUGGUCAGAGGAAGCAGAAGAUAGAUCACUCUCUACAGGACUCGUGUGUCAGCUUUAGCCACCUAAGUACUAGGUGUUGGAAUUAGCAAGGCUUCCAGGUGACUGUUGUAUUACUGAGAAUAUUUACUGUCCUGUUGUAUCUCCUGCAGUGCCUAGUGUUGUUUUCUCAUGCCUCUUUUACUGUUUUGUAACCAGUGCUGGAUAGCAUUUUUUUCCUCCAGGGUAUAAGAAGUAAAUUUCAAUUGCUUAUUUUGUAGUUAAGUACUAGAGCACUUGUUUAGUUUUCAUGUUCCUUUUGAUUAUGUAAAUGUCCGUACAAGUACAAAGAGCAGUACAUGUGUGAGAAAACAACACUGGACACUAAAGCUACAUUUAAACUGACAGACUAAGGCAUCCUUCUGAACUUCCAGACCUGGGUGUGUGACUCGGCUCUGUACCAGGGCUAGAUUCUCUUCUGCCCACACCAGCUCCGGUGGAAGGGUUGACUGGAAGGGGGUGACACUACACUUGGGCUACCUGAUCUGAGCCUGGUGCAGGCUGGACACUGUUAAGGCAACUUGGAUCCAUUCUGUAAAGAACUAAAGGAUAAAUCAUAAAUGUGUAAUAAACUAAGUUUAUUUCCACGCUAAGCUUUACUGUUACAAUAUGUUCCAAGUAGCCAGCUGAGGGAGACUUUAGCACUUCAGUUAUUUGAUGUAUUUAUAAACUUAAUUUCAACAGAAAUUAACUGGUUUGUGAAGUUAUAUUUUGACAAACAUAAUAUGGCCAUUUAAUAUUCAUACCAGACCUAACCUAGAUUUAGUACUUGAGGUUUUUUCUUAACAACAAUUUAUUUGUUUUUCUCAAAGUUUUGGUUUGGUUUGUUUUUUUUUUUCCUUGUUCAUAUUAGUAUGUCAAAUGCAUGGAGAAAGGUUUAAAAAAAUCUUUUAGUAGGAAGUAUUCAUAAGUAAAUGUUUCUUUUCAUCAGAAAUGAAGUAAAUGCAGAAUGAACUUCAUAUUUGACUGCAAUAAUGUAUGUUAGAGAAAUUAAAAAUAUGGUACCUUUUCUAUAGUAUGUUUAUCUUAAUUACUGAGAUGUAAUAUUUUAGAACUGUACAAAAGUGUAUAUAAUGGCCAACUAGUAUUCAAAAACUAUACAGGUAUUGAAAAUUAUACAUUCAAUCAAUAUCAAAUACUUUUGAGGUUCUUGCUGUAACUGAAGAAUUACUAUAAUCUUGUAAGUCUGCUGAUUAUAUUUGUCUUAGUGGGCUCACUUUUAUAUAAAACUAUUUAGAGUAGCAACUUCUGACAGUUGCUGCUUUCUGUAAGAUAGUCUUGAAACAAUAUAAUACAUAUUUCUUACAGAAUUCCUCAUUUCAAGAAAACAGCUUUUCAGUGGUCUUCACUGUAUAUAUUUCCAACCAAUUUAUUACUGUUUUUUAAAGUCUUAUGAAGAACUGAAUGAUGCAAAUUAGUGGAUUUGAAACUUGUUUCAUGGGAAAGCUUGUUGUCUUCUCUGGAAGUUAAAGCUAUUGUAAAAAUACGAUUAUAAAAAUACCGUAUAGAUUAUAAAAUUAUUUCACCUGAGUGGCAGAAGGUCAUUACUCUGUUGUAAAUCUUGUUUUUAAGUAUUGCAAAUUAUAGUUAUGUUGAAUUAGGUUGAAUAAAUAUUUUUUACACUCA